GAAAAAAGCCCAUUGCGUAUUAGAACAAUCUUGUCUGUUUAGUGAAGAGUACUGUAGCAGCAGCCAAGGAAGGAAGAAUGGCGCAUCUUGGCAUCUACAUGGAAAGCUAUCUCCCGCCAACAACCUAUAACUCAUAGAGCUUUGCUUGGCCAUUUCGAGGAAGGAGCGCAAGUGAUUCUUCUAACUAGGUUGUAUUAUUAGAAAGCUAGCGGUGCAGCGAGUUUGAGGGCGCCAUGGGAGCCGUGGUGUCGGCGCUGGCGGGAGCCAGCAGGGAGAGGCAGAGCAGGAAGAGGAAGCAGUUCCACACGGUGGAGCUGAAGGUGAGGAUGGACUGUGACGGCUGCGAGCUCAAGGUCAGGAACACUCUUGCCAGAAUGAGAGGGGUGGAGUCGGUGGAGAUCAACCGGAAGCAGCAGAAGGUGACGGUGCAGGGGUUCGUGGAGCCGCAGCGGGUGCUCCGGCGAGCCCUGUCCACGGGGAAGCGCGCCGAGCUGUGGCCCUACGUGCCCUACACCAACCCCUACGUCGCGCCGCCGGUGUACGACAAGAGGGCGCCGGCGGGCCACGUCCGCAGGGUGGACGCCCUCAUCGCCCCCGCCGCCGGCCGCGAGGAGGACCUCUCUACCAUCUUCAGCGACGACAACCUCAACGGCUGCUCCGUCAUGUGAUGCGCCCACCGAUUUGACUGAGCACUAUGCGUGUCGUUUGUACGCGGCGCCGUAGGCUUUUGCAAGAGCGUGCCUUGUUGUUUGGAUGAAGAAACUAGUUUUACUGGUAACCGGUAACCAGGAGAUGAGCACGACCACCAUCGCAAAAUUAUAAACGGGAUUAAUUGAUGAGGGCCUUUUGUAGCUUUGUAUUCGAUGAAUGCAUGUAUAUCCCUUAAUUAUAUUCCAAGCCUAAACCUUGAGUGCCUACUAGGGCUCGCGCGCAAAUUUUCAUAUCUG